GCGAACAGGCGCGCGCGCGCGUCUCUGUCGUUAACCGAAAAAGGAGAAACGAUUGUGCUCGAUUGAACUACCACGAACGUCGCAGCGACGGACGUUGCUUUGUAAAUUAUGUAAAAUAAAGAUAUGUAUCACGCUAUACACCCGUGAAUACGUUAACGUUAUUCACCGGCGGAAAUGUGUGCUAAUAAUCUCGCGGAAAAGAACAACAAUAUCUGUUUUUAACAGAUGAUGUGUCCAGGAAGAUUUGCAGGAUUUAACGACGCCGCUCAAACAAGAGAACCAAACGCUCGUAUAAGAAAAGGAGUACGUUAAACACCGGCAACGUUACACGACAAAUUACGCUUAUAUCCAACGAGAUGAUGACGAGCUGUUGAGUGUUUGACAGAUACAUUGGAGAAAGCGAGACCUUUCGACGACCUGUUUCAGUUGUAAUAACGACAGAGAAUGCAGCACACCGGAUACACCUGAAAAUCCCCCCUCACUCAAUGAAGGUAAUUUAUCUGUGAAUCAGUCACCUGAGCCAGCCAGAAGAAACUCUAUGUAGGAAAUGGAGAUAAGGAAAGUACACAUCAAAAACUGAAUUAACCUGCACGGAUAUACUAACAAAACAAGCACCCUCUGAUACUCCUGUGAACUCAAGGGAACGUGGAAGAUAAGAGCUGCAGAAAAGAGUGAGUAAUUCUUGUCGCUGACAGCUGGCAAGACUGGAAGGACGACUGAGAAACUUCAUAAGAGUGGUGAGAGGGUGAUCACUGAGUGAGAGAGACGGGGACUGACAGAGAGCCAGAGUGCAGGAGGGGGCGGAGGAGGAGUGGGAAAGGUCAAUCGCCAUGGCUACGGACCCAGGAGAGCCCACUGCCACAGAGGAAUCCUCUGGAGAGAAACCUGAUGGAGAGAGGGAGGAGGAGGAGAAUGACCAGGGGAACAGGGCUGCCCGUGAGAGAGAGAGGAUGCACAGCAUGCCGUCUGACUUCCCCUCCUCCCAGACCCAGGAAAAGAGAGCGUGGUGCGCAGGAGGAGGAGGAGGUGGAGUGGAGGACGGUAAAGAAAUGGAUGCACCGGUCAGACCUCUGACCUUCACCGUGCCCUCGUCCCCAGCAGCCCACGAACCGUCCAGGAAACGGGAGAACAAGCGUUUUUUCCGAAAGAGCGUGGAGAUAUGUGAAGAGGAUGAUGAGGUGGAAGUAACCCCCGAUGCCCCUCACAGCGCCCCUCACCUCGAGUUUUGUGCCUCCGACUCUGUUUUCACCAGCGGAGCCCAACAGUUACCCGCGAGUGCCUCGGCUGCUUUGUGUGAGGAUGGCACUCAUGGCACACAAGAUCUUGAUAAGACCGGCCUUUCGGCGACCACUCUAAAGGGGAAGGAAAGAGAUAGAGAACAGGAAGAAGAGGCUGAGAUGAAGGCUGUUGCCACUUCGCCCAGUGGCCGCUUUCUAAAAUUUGACAUCGAGCUUGGCAGAGGAGCGUUCAAAACUGUUUACAAGGGUCUGGACACAGAAACCUGGGUGGAAGUUGCCUGGUGUGAACUGCAGGAUCGAAAGCUGACCAAGGCGGAGCAGCAACGGUUUAAAGAGGAGGCUGAAAUGCUGAAGGGUCUACAGCACCCCAACAUUGUGCGUUUCUAUGAUUCCUGGGAGUCUGUUCUUAGAGGCAAGAAGUGUAUCGUCCUAGUGACUGAGCUCAUGACAUCAGGAACACUCAAAACGUACCUUAAGCGCUUUAAGGUGAUGAAGCCCAAGGUUCUACGCAGCUGGUGCAGGCAAAUCCUAAAGGGUCUUCAGUUCCUACACACGCGUACGCCACCCAUUGUGCACCGUGACCUCAAGUGUGACAAUAUCUUCAUCACAGGUCCAACCGGAUCAGUGAAAAUUGGUGACCUGGGCCUUGCCACCCUCAUGCGGACAUCUUUUGCCAAGAGUGUCAUAGGUACUCCGGAAUUCAUGGCCCCAGAGAUGUACGAGGAGCACUAUGACGAGUCAGUAGAUGUCUAUGCCUUUGGCAUGUGCAUGCUAGAAAUGGCUACCUCAGAGUACCCAUAUUCAGAAUGCCAAAAUGCUGCACAGAUCUACCGCAAAGUCACCAGUGGUAUCAAGCCUGCCAGUUUUGACAAAGUAAAUGACCCUGAGGUAAAAGAAAUCAUUGAGGGCUGUAUUCGCCAAAACCGAUUAGAGCGGCUCUCAGUGAAGGACCUUCUAAAUCAUGCCUUCUUUGCGGAGGACACCGGCGUGCGUGUGGAGCUUGCUGAGGAAGAUACUGGCUGCAAAGACUGCCUGGCCCUGCGCAUCUGGGUUGAAGAUCCAAAGAAACUCAAAGGCAAGCACAAGGACAAUGAGGCCAUUGAGUUCAGCUAUGACCUGGAGAAUGACAGUGCUGAAGAAGUUGCACUGGAGAUGGUGAAGUCUGGCUUUUUCCAUGAAAGUGAUGCUAAGGUGGUGGGGAAGUCCAUUAGAGACAGGGUGACUCUAAUUAAGAAGUCCCGUGAACGGCGACAACAUCAGCUCCUUCAGCAGCAACAACAACAAAGUCUUGAUGACCGCCGUGACUCCACAGUCCUUACCUCCUCCUUUUCCUAUGUUCAUCCUUCCUGCACCACCUCCUCACAGGGCACAGGAGCUGCUGCAACUGCUGGGGGUCAGGGAGAGGCAGAGGAGCUGCCAGAAGUAGACCAACAUGUCCAACAGCAAGGGACUGCAUUGGGCUUCAAAGAGGGUGAGAGUCUUCCUCCUGUCAGUGGACAAAGCCAAGCCUUUUCCGUACCGGAGUCAGGGAACCCAUGUGCUCUUGCUCAAACCAGCUACCCCACUGGCACAUCUGGAGUGAAAGGAGCAGGGGUUAUAUCUCACCCCCAGCUGCUCCCUAUUGGUCAGAGCGGAGGGGUUUCAAAUGUGCCUGUUGGCCAGAAUGGUGGGAUAUCUGGCAUUUACAUUGGUCAAAGUGGUGGUGGGGCUCCUAACAUUCCUGUGGCACAGACUUUCAUUCAACCAGUCGCUAUGGCAUCACAGGUCCCAUUAAGUGUGCCUCAACAAUAUUCUCAGCCCCUUCCACCAUACUCAACAGAUGUUACAUCCUCGCAAAUGUUACACUCCCGACCCGCUGAUGCUUCCACUCCCCACAGUUCUCUUGUACAGUCGCAGUCAUACAUCCCCCCAAUAUCACCCCAGGCACCCAUGACUGUCCUCACUUCCUCCAUCCCAGCUGGAGAACCCAUAGCAUCAGUAGGCAACAACAUGCCACCCAUGCAGACCCAAACUAGUAUUGCUCCUGUUCAACCUACUGAUGUUUUGCCCAAGCAAACAAUUGUUCAGACGCAACAGCAGGUGAUGUCAGAAUUGCCCGGAACGUUGCAACUGAACAUUCAGCAAGCAACACCACAAAAGCAGGCAAAUAUAAUGCAGCAGCGCCAGACUGUGGUGUUGCCACAGCCGACGGACCAGGUUCAACAAAUGGCCGUUUUAUUACAACAGCCACAGAAUAUAGAACAACACCAGGUGGUUCUGCAGGAACAGCCACCACAUUCCAGUGCAUCUCAGCAGCCAUAUAUCCCAUUGCCACAGCAGAACCAGCCAACAAUGUCCAAUCCACAGCAAGGUGAGCUACAACAGCAGGUGUACAUACAACAACCUCCAAGCAAACCCCAACAAGUUGUGAUACAGCAGCAUCAGCUGUCAGUGCAACAAUCCUCAGUAGAACAAUAUCAACACCAGACUCAGCAGCAACAGGCACAGCAAGUUUAUGUGCAACAAAUAGCUGAAUCACAAGAGCAGGGCAUGAUAAAAACCAUGGUUCAACAGCCACCGGUACUCCAAACAAUCCAGCAGCCAUUGCAAUUGACGGAGCAACAACAACAGCAACUUCUGAUAAGGCAACAAAUUGAGCAGCAACAGAAAGCCGUUUUGCACAAUCAAAUGGAGCAACAACAUCAACAAGUUUAUAUUCAGCCACAACAACAAGUUGAGCAACAACAAAUUCUUCUGCAGCAACAACAAAACUUGGCCGUACAGCAACAGAUCGAGCAACAGCAGCAAGCAUUACAGCAACAAAAGCAAAUAGAACAGCAGCAAAAAGCCAUUUUACAGCAACAGGUGGAACAACAAAGACAACAGCAACAGGCUUUGUUUCAGCAACAGCAACUGGAGCAACAACAAGCACUAUUGCAGCAGCAGCAACGUGAACAACAACAGGCUCUUCUGCAGCAACAACAGUUGGAACAGCAAGCUUUGCUACAACAACAGCAGCAACUCCAGUUACAGCAGCAACAAGCGCUUUUACAUCAGCAACAGUUGGAGCAGCAACAGCAGGCUUUGUUUAAACAGCAGCAACAACAGCAGCAGCAGCAAGCACUCAUUCAGCAGCAGCAAAAGUUAGAGCAAAAUGUACUGCUGCAGCUUCAACAGCAGACAAACAUUGAACAGCAACAAACUUUACUACGCCAGCAGCCUCAGCAGAUAGAGCAACAUGUUUUACAGCAACAGCCGCAACUACAGAAGCCGACGGAUCAACAAUUGCAGCAGCAGAUAUUUCAACAACAGACUGAGCAGCAACAACAGACAUUGCUACAACAGAGAGAGUCACAGAUGCAGCAACAUUUUCUGAUGCAACAACACCAGAUUGAAUUACAGCGACAACAAGCUCUACAAGCCGAGAAACAACUGCAACAAGUUUUGAUGCAGCAACAGCAUAUAGAGCAACAUGCAGCUCUCGUAGAUCAGGCAAACCUAGGGAAAUCUCAGCCUCCUGAGAUGGUCCAGCAGAUUAGUCAAAUGCAGCACUCUCAACAAAUAAUUUCCUCACAACCUCAACCUCAUCUUUCUCAACAACAAACACAAACUGAGCAGCAACAGGUCUUGAUUCAGCAGCAACAAGCCAUCCUUCCCCAGGCAUCGCAUAGACCUUCUCUGGUAGAUUUACAAGUUUCAUCCCUGGUUCAAGCGGUUCCAAAAAUGGUUAAUGCUCAAAUACCUAGUCAAGUUCCAGCCCCAGUACUCAUCCAGCAACAGGUACCACCUCAGAUGUCGGCUCAACCUUCAGCGCAAGUUCAAAUCCAGAGUCAAGGGGACCCUGGAAUUUAUGGUCAGAUUCCCCUGCAGACUCAAAGUCAUCCUGCACAACAGUCAAUUGGAGGCCAUAUUCAAGCAGGCCAGCUGCAAGUUCCACAACCGACCCAACAAAUCAAAUCUCCAACACAAGUUCCUACACCACAACCCAUUCAUUCGUUUGUACCAACUCCAACACAAAUGGUCUCACAAGGGCAAACCCUUCCAUCCCAAACUCAAUUGGUACCACCUCAAGCUGCAACUUCUCUCCAGUGUCAAGUCGUGGUAGGGUCACCUGCACCUGCUCCUCUUGUGCAUGCUACAGUGCCCGCUGCUUCUACACUUAUGCCCACACAAUAUGCUCAAGCACCUGUCGGUCCGCAAACCAUUCAGUCUCCUCAACUAGACCUCACACAACCUGUGAAACAACAACAGCAGCCGCCUGUGCAGCAAUUUCAGCAAGCAGUACUUUCUCCUGUGUCACAUGCGCCUACCAUCAACCCAAUGGCCACUUCAUCAAUGCAGUGCUAUUUACAACAGACAAACCAAUCACAAAUGCAGGCUCCUCCCGUCAUCCAAGCUCAGCAACAUCCAGUCAGUGGGGCCUUGAUGCAGGCGGUCUUGAAGCCCAUGCCUCCAGUGCAACCUCAGGCUACCCAACAGCAUGAGCAGCAACUGCCUCAAGCCCACCAUGUGCAGCAACAGCUCCACCAUCAACAUCAGACCCAACCUGUGCAGCAGCUUCUACCCCCUAAUGCUGUUCUACCACACGAUCUCCUUCAACAACCUUGUCAGCCUCAAUCAGUGCUCCAACAUAUGCUCCCGGUGAACAUAGCUCCUAGUCAGGUACCUCAGACCCAAGCUAGAACGGUACCUCUGUACAGUCAGGUGGUUUCGUGUCUACCACCCUUGCCCCAGAACCAGCAGAAACAAACUCUUCCUGCUCAAACACACUCAAACGCACAAGCGCAUACCCACAUAGAGGCUACUGGGAGUUUCGAGCAGCCUGAUUACUCCCAAGCUGCCUUUAUACCAUCACAAAUCCCCCCAAGUCCAUCUCAUUAUUCCCUACAGCCCUCUGCCAAUCUCCCAGUCCUACAACCAGCUUUCCCAGUUUCAGAAAUUCCUGUCCCAGCAGAGGCACAGCUAAACCAGGCAAAGCCUGCUGACAUGAUCCCUGAUUCCCCUCCUACUGUCAAUGCUUCACGGUCCCAUGACUCUAAUGGCUCUGUGUUGCCCACCACCUCGCUGGCAGAAAGUGAUGCUGCAUUGCUGGGCAUUGCUCAGGAGAGCCCACAUCAGUCUGCCAACAGGGGCUCCUCAUCAGGCUCUGUUCCUGCCAAUGGAGAUGAGGCUCAAUCGCUGUGGGCCAGUGGAAAACUAGAUAAGGUAAAAUCUCAGAGGAGAUCAUCCUGUCAAAAGACUGAAAAAACUCAUUUUCAACUCAGCAUGUUGCAGGUCUCAGGAACAGGGGACAACAUGGUAGAGUGCCAAUUGGAGACUCACAGCAACAAGAUGGUCACAUUCAAGUUUGAUAUUGAGGGAGAUGCACCUGAAGACAUUGCAGAUUACAUGGUGGAGGAGGAUUUUGUCCUUGAGCCUGAGAAAGAGAAAUUUGUUGGGGAGCUAAGAGCUAUAGUGAAGAAAGCUCAAGGAAUACUUAGCACUCAGUCACAGACUGGGUCCUUGGAGCAACUCCAUGUGAGCACCCCAUCCAGUGCAACAAUGGAUUCAGCCCCUCAGUCUUCCCCCGUGGGUCGCUGGCGAUUCUUCAUUAACCAAACCAUUCGCCAUCGUGACUCAUACUCCAACCAGGGAGCUUCCACUUCCCCACCAAUGGGAGAGAGCCUAGUUCCCAAGUCCAUAGAAUUGGAGAAAGAUCAUGAGAGCCCUCAGCGCUCAGAGUCUUUUGCUGGGAUAGCAUCUUCCCCAAGUUCUUCAAUAUCUGCAUCCUCUCCUCUGGUCUCUACUGUAUCAGCCCCUGCAUCCAUGUCAGCCUCGGCCAUUGCUGCCCAAAAAGAUAUAACACCCUCUGCCUUGCCAACAGUUGAGCAAGUCUCCUCUGCUAUCUUGACUUCAGGCUCAAUCCCUGUCGUGGCUUCUAGCACCUCUGCCGCUCCUUUCCCUGCAGUCGCAGCCCUCACAGGCUCCAAUGUGGAACAAGGAGAUGCUCCAGUUAAAGGUGGGGGUGAACAGCCCCUCUCUAACUUGUCUGCUUAUGGGACCCCUCCAGCAUCUCUGGUGACCCACGCUGAUCCAUCACAGAAAUUGCUAGCUCAAACCCAAAUGGCACCCUCACAGACACCAGAUAUACUUCAACAGACCCAGACACUACAGUUAGCAAUGGCCACCACCGAACAGGCUCAGCAACCACAGAUUACACCUCAUCCAGUGCUCCAGGUCGCUCCACAGCCACCUAAACUCCAGCCUAGCGAGUCAAAAGCACUAUCACAGCCGAUACCAGUGGAGACGGUCCCUUUGCAGGAAGGCCUUCCAGCUGCCCAAGUUCAGCAGGUCCCUCACCAACAAGUACCAGUUGAUUCUCAACAGCUAGCGAUGCAACAGUCCGCAUUCUUGCAGCAACAUGGCCUCCAGCAAACAGCCAAUGCCGAGCAGAUCCAACACCACACGGGAGAACAGUAUGUGUCUCAAGAAACCACACCGGCCCCAACGAUGCUGUCCAUGCAUCCUCAGCAUUGCUUCCAGACCCAAGAUCCCCUACAGCUUCGAGCUCAGUUUCAGUCUGUAAUCCCGCAGCAGCUCUCCACAGAGCAAACGCAGAUGUUACUUCAGCAGGUACAGCAUGAUAUGAUGCCGAUGGCACAAACCGUAGUGCCUCCGGCUAUGCAGAAGCAGGCAUCUGUCCAGCAGUCGGAGUCUGAGCUGUCCACUGGUGAGGACACCGUCAGCCACUCUGCCCCACCCCAUCCUUCUUCGGACACCUCUCUCCCACCCCUCCCACUCUCUGAUACUACUCUUCCCACCCUCUCCCAUACACUCACACCCUCUCCUGCCCAGCCCUCCUCGGUUGCGGAGUCAGACAGCGAAGGCCCACCCAAAAUCGAGUUUGUGGACAACCGAAUCAAGACUUUGGAUGAGAAACUGAGGACUCUGCUGUAUCAGGAGCACAGCGGCAGCGGGGCAGCUCUGGGAAGUGGCUCCAUGGGCGGCCCUGCUCCUGCCCCCUCGGGAUCUGCUGCAGCCUCCACAGCAGUUGAUGAAUCUUCAGAGCCCCCCUAUACGUUCUCCCCACCUCCUGCCACCUCCUCAGACACCUCCCCUCACUCCACCUCUUCCACCACCUCCUCCACCACCCCUCGUUCUUCCUCCACCUCUCCAGAUGGAGAGCGGGAGAGAGCAGGUGAGGAGGAAACAAUCCCUUCUGCCGUGCAACAACAGCCUGCAUCAUCCUUCUCCUCUACAUCCCCUCCGUGCUCCCUCCUUUCCCCUCCACAGGAGCCUGGAUCCCCGAAAGUGCCCAGUGAAACAUCAGUAAGCGCUCCCCCUUCCCUCCCUGGAGAUGUUCUUUUGCCUUCCUCUUCUCAGUCGCCCAUCCCACUGUGGCCUGGACAGCAGCAGCAGCAGCACAAUGAAGGAGGUGGAUAUUUUGGCCUAAACCUGACAUGUCCUAGUAUCAGAAAUCCUGUUAGCAAGAAAUCCUGGACUCGCAAAUUCAAAAGCUGGGCAUGCAAACUGCGCCACUCCGCCAGCUUGUUCAAGAAGCCCAGAGUCCAGCAAGAUGGCAACUUCAGCCAAGGGCUGGAGGAGGAGAGGGAGACAUCUGCAAAUAACCAACCCUGCUCGCACAGAGGGCGUUUCCAGGUGAUUCCAGUGUCCCAGUCCGCAGAGCCCCUUUCACCACAGGAAGCUGCACCAAGCCUAGGAUUCACGCAAAGAAAAGUUGGCCGUUUUUCAGUUACUCAAGCCGAACAAAGUGAGGAAAAUUUGACGGACAGCUCUCCUGUGUCACCUGACCUGGAGCGAGAGAGGAGGAAAACGAAAGGGAAGGAUGGUGAAAAGGAGGAGAGGAAAACUACAGUGCCCACCCACCCACCCAGGAGUCACGCACGCUCGCCCCUAGGCAGCAGCGACGAUGAGAGCGAGGUGGAGGAUGAAGAUUUGAGGAAAGAGCUCCAUAAGCUGAGAGAGAAACACAUCAAAGAGGUGGUGUCCCUGCAGGCACAGCAGAACCGAGAGCUGCAGGAUUUGUACAGGCAGCUUCGCUCUCUGAAAGACCACAGACAUCCUCUGUCCAUGACCCUGCCCCGGACUUCUCCUUUGCCCGCUGCACCCCUCGCCAUCUCCCCACGCAGACCCCGACCCGCCAAAGCCAAGCUCCGGCCCCGACCCCACUCUCACAUGGAUAACAACGGAGUCACACACCAAGACCAGAGUCCUUCAGGCCAGGUUUCUGCCAAUAGAAAGAGCACAUUCACAGAUGAACUGCAUAAGCUUGUUGAUGAGUGGUCAAAAGAAGCUGUGUGCCCUGUUCAGCCUAAGCCUUCACUGAAUCAAAUCAAACAGAUCCAACAAGUGCAGGAGUUGGGCGGAUGGGGUCAGACUACUGAGACAACAGCUUCAUCGGGUUGGUUUUCCGAGGCUCCUUUAAGUACUCCUGUAUCAGUCAGCAUGACUACAAUGGCGUCCACCCCCUAUAGUACCAUCACAGGACAAACGCAGCCGCCUUCAACGCAAUUUCCCAUCGCUCCUCUACCCCAGCAGAAUGCACAUCUGCAGUGCAGCCCGUGUCCCCUGCACCCGCAGCAGGUCCAGCUCCUGACAGGAUCCCAACCCCUGGUGUCUGGCACGCCUCCCCCCAGCACCUCCCCCUCACUCAUGACUGCAGCGGGGUCUCCUCUGCCCCCCGCCACCAGCAUCACAGCUGCCUCUGCCCCCACCGCCAAUCAAGAAACCAUUUUCUGCUCGUGCUCCUCCUCCUCUUCCUCGUGCUCCACCUCCGCUCUGCCCUCCAGUGCCAAACUUCACUCCAAACCCUCCACGUCCACCCUUCCUUUAGGACAGCAGUGAGAAGAUGGAGAGGAAUACCCGAUGUACAUCCUGUACAGGAAGGACACUAGUAGCAAGUGGUUGCGUGUUGGUGUAUGGGGGUGUAUUAAUACUGUAGUGUGUGUGUAUUUGUGUGAGUGUGUGUUUGUGUUGCAUUUUUCAAUACAUAUCCUCUGUGUGUUUCCCCACCGUCAAGUUUUAUAUCUGACUUAGUUGGACCUGAACUCGCCCUAUAUAGAGACAUUUUUUGACAUGAGAUAUGAUCCUCUUUGUUUUUAUUUAUCAGUGCUUCAAACGAAAGGACUAUUUGAAUUUUAAAAAGUGCAAUUAGUAAAGAUAUUUAAAUUCU